GAAAAUCCAAUAUGGCGGAUGUUUACGUUCUGUGGCCCAUACCGAAGCUAAAAAAUGAGCUUUCACGUCGUGGUGCCACUACUACCGGCAGAAAAACAGACUUAAUUGAGAGUUUCCAGUUGGCAUGCUUCCUGUUGUUGUUGGAAUUAAUUUGAUUUGUCACAGUUAGGGGAAGUGCUAGUAUGUUGAUUUCAAUAUAACAUCUUGGACUUCCUCUCUUGUUUCAAUUUCAUUUUCAUCACAUUUACUGUCCAAGUUGGGAAAAAGAUAAGUAUGAAAAUGGUGAUCUCUGGUCAAUGUUCAAACAAAAGUAAGUGUAUUCUUAUAUUUUAUGAUAUGUAUGAAAUGAGACGUAUUGAUUGCAACAGAGAAGCCAGUUGUUUUCCUACCAAUAUGAAUGAUAUUAAACAUGAGAAAACUAUAUUUUAAAUUUUUAAAUGCAGUACCAUAUUUUAUUUUUACUACAGAUUGAGAGCUUAUGACAGAAAUGCAAACUUCCGAGGUGUUCCUGUUAACUUGCCAGAACCAUUAGAGCCACAGUGGCCUUUGACAGGAUUCCAACAGUUACGACCUGAACAUAAAAUUAUGCUACCAAAACUUACUACAGAACAAAUAGAGGGAUACUUCCUAUAUCGGAUGGCGGAAGAUCGACAGGCCAGUGGGGAUAUCAAGGCAUUGGAAAAAGGGAAAAAAAUGUUUGAAUCACAUAGAAUUUUAGCCUGCAGCUUCUAUCAGAGUGGUCAAAACACUUUCUUGAGUGGAAUUGUUGGUGCAGCAAUGAGACAUAAGGUUACAUACAACUAUAAAAUAAAAAUUGAUAGAUGUACUGGGGAACCAUUAAAUUCUCACUGUGAAUGCCCAGCAGGAAAAGGACCACAUGGUACAUGCAAACAUAUUGCUGCUGUCAUGAUGAUGUUGAUGCAUUUUAUUCAAACAGGAGACGUACAGGUGGAAAAGUGCUGCACAGAAAACCUCCAGACUUUUCACAAACCUAAAGCUUUCUACAAUGGAUCACCAGUAAAGACACAAAAUAUUCCAUCUAAAAGGAAACAUUUAGAUAGUAUUAUGGAUGAUCCACGACCAGCAAAGUUCCAGAAUUUGAAGGGGUACAAUGAUCAUGUCAGAAAUUCCUUAAUUAAUUUUUGCUCAACAUCUUCCAUGGAUAUAUCCUUACGCUAUAUAUAUCCAAAAGCAGAUCUUCAAAAUGCAGUUCAUGACCAUGACUAUCUUGAAAAGCCAUUUGCUGAGUAUUGGAUAGAUAAUGCCCUUAAGGUUACUGAGAAUGACUGCAAGGCAAUAGAGAAAUGUACGAGGAAGCAAAGUAAAUGCAAUGAGUGGUUCAGGCAUAGAAAAUGGAGAUUGACUGCGUCAAGAUUUGGGGAAAUUACCAGAAUGACUUGUAGAAGAAACAAAAACAAACUAUGCAAAACUUUAAUUAAUACCCAUAAAAUAGUUAGAAAGUGUUUGUUACAUGGAAAACAAUUUGAAUCUAAAGCUAUUUGCAAAUUUGAGGCACAAAAAGGUGUAAAAUGUAGGCCCUCAGGUCUGUUUGUUAGACCAGAUUUCCCAUUUUUAGGGGCUUCACCUGAUGGCAUUGUUGAUGGUGAUUUUUUAAUAGAAGUUAAAUGUCCAUACAAUGGAAGAAAUGAUAAAAUAUUGCCAGGAAAAUGUUUUCCAUUCCUAUACAGAAAUAAAUCUGGGGAAAUAGCUUUAAAGGAGAUAAGCACCUAUUAUGCACAAAUUCAAGGUCAACUGUUUAUUGCAAAAAGAAAAUACUGCUAUUUCAUUGUGUAUACUUUUGUAGAUCUGUUUGUGCAAGUAGUCGAUUAUGACGAAAAUUUCUGCCUUAACUCAUUAGUUCCAAAAUUAUCCAUGUUUUAUGAGAAAUACUUCAGACCAUAUUUGGCAUCUUUGUUAUAACUCUCAAAGUUCAAACAUUCCCAUGUUUUUUGAUAUUCUAAAAACAUUAAUUGUACUUUUAGAUUAGAUAACUGCUGCAUCUUUGGUAGUAUUUAAUAAAAAAAAAAUGGAUUCAUUAAGAAUUUUUCAAAUGUCGAUAGUUCCAAAUAAUUUAAUAUUUUUAUACAUUCCAUGCAUGCCAUAUGGCUUUCAAACAUGUAUCAUAAAUUUAACAUUCUAAAUGAAAUUAAACAAUUUUAAACAUAAAAAUUUGAACCAAUUUAACCAUGACAAGAAUGAAUAAACCAAAAACUUGUUUUUUUCUUUAAAAAUUUUGUACAUGUACAUGUAUAUCUAAAAUGAAAUUACAUGGAAUAAAGUCUUCUCUAGUAUACAAUACCAUGCAUACAAUGUUUGAUCCAUUUAUUGGGUGCAAAAUCAGAAUGUGCCAAAAUUUGGGAACCAUGAUUAAUUCAAUGUUUGUCAAGUAACA